AUGACCGCUCUGGAGGAGUUCCAGGAACGUGUCAGAGGCUGGGCGUUGGCGCAGGUACCAAACCUCACAGUGAAUGUGAACAGCUACAAUCCGAUACGCGCAAGAUGUCAGGGACACGGAUACGUGCCGCUGCAUCUCACAUCGAACAAGAAGGACAAGCAUGUGAAUCUGUUGUAUGUUCCCGAUCAACGCAAUGGACACGUGGGACACUUCGCGUGGAUAAAACAUUUAUCGCGCUUAGUCAGCUUGCAAUUGAGCAAAAAGAAGACAGCGAAAUGUCUACACUACUUACACACAAGCGAGAAACUGGCGCAACACACCGUGGACUGUGAACGAUUGAACAACAGCGCAGUGGUUCUCCCCGCUGAGGGAAAAAACCGUUUGAAAUUCGAAAAUUACAACAACAAGGAACGGGUUCCAAUGGUGGUGUACGCCGACUUAGAGUGCGUACUCGAAAAACAGGACAAAAAGCAGGAUACAUCAAGCGAGCACAAGUACCAAAAACACAGUGUGUUCAGCAUCGGUUAUUACGCGAGCUGCGAACAUUUCGACAUCGGAUACAGAUCUCAUAGAGGUGAAAACUGCGUGCAGUGGUUCGUGAACGAACUUCACGAUCUCGCGAAACGUGCAAAGACCGUGUUCGCAGCAAAUGUACCAAUGGCGAAUCUCACACCGGCGGAGAUCGAGAGAUUUAAGAACGCUAAGUGUUGCCACGUUUGCAAACAGCCGUUCGAGCGAGAUGACAAUAGGGUGCGCGACCACUGUCAUCUAACAGGGCGCUUCAGAGGAUCCGCGCACUUCGCGUGCAAUCUGAAUUCCAAACAAGUUUACGUUGUUCCCGUUGUGUUCCACAACUUGUCCGGAUAUGACUCGCAUUUUAUUAUCAUGGAUGUGGCCACCGCUUUCGAGGGUGAGAUCAAUGUGUUACCCGUGACGAAAGAUACCUACAUAUCUUUCACGAAACAUGUAAACAGUACGCGGAACGAAGACAAUCAGAGGUGCGUGCAACUGCGAUUCAUCGAUUUUUACAAAUUUCUGAGCACAAGCUUAGAAAAGCUCGCAUCCUAUCUCGGCAAAAGCGAACUGCGUGUGACUCGAACGGAAUUCGGAGAUCUUUCUACCGAGGACUUUGAACUGCUCACGCGAAAAGGUGUGUUUCCAUAUGAAUAUGUGAACAGCGUUGACAAAUUGUUAGAAACAAGUUUGCCACCGCGCGAGGCGUUUUACAGUUCGUUGACUGGCGAGAGUGUGACGGAGAGCGAGUACGCGCACACGACGAAUGUAUAUGGCAGCGAUUUAACAUCGAAAAUCUGGGAUUGUACAGCGACUUGUAUCUAA